UUCACUUCUUUUCUCUGAUAAAAAAACCUGUCUUUUUUCUCUUCCUUCUCUGAACAUGGCGUUUAGGGUUUUCUCCGUCAUGUUUCUCUUCUUCUUCUUCUCUGUUUCGUCUGCCAUUGACGACGCAACAAGCUCAGAAACGGGCUCUCUUAUGUCCUUCAAAGCUUCACUCGAAAACCCAUCAGUACUUUCUUCAUGGAACCUUUCGUCUUCCUCCUGCGAUUGGGUCGGCGUAACUUGUCAUUUCGGGAGAGUGGAGUCGCUCUCUCUACCUUCCAUGUCUCUCAAAGGCAAACUCUCUCCUUCUCUCUUCUCCCUUCAGUUUCUCUCCGACCUCGACCUCUCGGAGAACUCUCUCUCCGGCGAGAUUCCGAAAGGCAUUGCAAGGCUGAAGAAUCUGAUAUCGCUUCGGCUCAGCCACAACUCUCUCUCCGGCGAAAUCCCUUCUGAGCUCGGGACACUGAAACAGCUCCAAACCCUCGAUCUCUCUGGAAAUUCACUCACGGGACUUUUACCGAGUCGACUCGGCGAGUUGCCUCGGCUUCUGUAUCUUGACCUAAGUGACAACCAUCUCUCAGGUUCUCUUCCUCCUUCAUUCUUCCUCAGCUUCCCGGCGCUGUCUUCGCUUGAUGUCUCCAACAACUCUCUCUCCGGCAAAAUCCCACCAGAGAUUGGAAAACUGAGCAACCUCUCCGAUCUUUACAUGGGAACGAAUCAAUUUUCCGGUCAAAUCCCGCCGGAGAUUGGCAACAUUUCGUCGCUCAAGAACUUUGCUGCGCCACGUUGCUUCUUCAGGGGACCAUUACCAGACGAGAUGUCGAAGCUGAAAAGCUUAGCAAAGCUCGACCUUUCUUACAACCCACUCAAGUGUUCGAUCCCCAGAUCAAUCGGAGAGUUGCAGAACCUGAGCAUAGUGAAUCUUGUCUCCGCCGAAAUCAACGGACUGAUCCCUCCAGAGAUUGGUAAGUGUAGGAGACUCAAGACGCUAAUGCUUUCCUUCAAUGAUCUCUCCGGCUCUCUACCGUUGGAACUAUCAGAGAUUCCUUUGUUGGCCUUUUCUGCUGACACGAAUCAGCUUUCGGGUCCAUUACCUUCUUGGAUCGGCAAAUGGAAGGAAUUGGACUCGCUUCUCCUUGCUAGCAAUCAGUUCUCAGGAGAAAUCCCUCGUGAGAUUGAAGAUUGUCCAAUGUUGAAGCAUCUUAAUCUCGCUAGCAAUAAGUUAACUGGUUCGAUUCCUCAGGAGCUUUGUGGUUCAGGUGCUUUGGAAGAUAUCGAGUUGUCUCAGAAUUUCUUUUCUGGAAACAUUGAAGAAGUGUUUGUUGGAUGCACCAAUCUUCAACAGCUGGCUCUUAUGAACAAUCGGAUCAACGGUUCCAUACCUGAGUAUCUCUCCAAGCUUCCUCUGAUGGCUCUCAAUUUGGAUUCCAACAACUUCACUGGAGAAAUCCCUGUGAGUCUCUGGAAAUCAGCGGACUUGAUGGAGUUUUCAGCUUCUUAUAACCGUCUAGGAGGUUAUUUGCCUGCAGAGAUUGGCAAUGCAGCUUCGUUGAAACGGCUUGUUCUCAGUGAUAACCAGCUCAAAGGUGAAAUCCCUAGAGAAAUUGGGAAGCUGGCUUCUUUAUCUGUCUUGAACCUGAAUUCAAACAAGCUUCAGGGGAAGAUACCAAGGGAGCUCGGGGACUGUUCCUCUUUGACUACAUUGGACCUAGGCAACAACAAUCUCCAAGGACAGAUUCCAGACACGAUCACUGCUCUUGCUCAGCUUCAAUGCCUGGUUCUGUCUCACAACAAUCUCUCCGGGUCGAUUCCAUCAAAACCUUCUGCUUAUUUCCAUCAGACCGAUAUGCCUGAUCUGAGCUUUCUUCAGCACCAUGGGAUAUUUGAUCUCUCCUACAACAGAUUGACUGGUCCCAUACCUGAAGAACUUGGUGACUGUGUGGUAGUGGUGGAGGUUUUGCUGAACAAUAAUCAUCUCUCUGGACAGAUCCCAGCUUCACUCUCCCGUUUAACUAACCUCACAAAGCUGGAGCUAUCUGGAAAUGUUCUCACCGGCUCCAUUCCAGAGGAGAUGGGCCACUCUCCUAAGUUGCAGGGAUUGAACUUGGCGAAUAAUCAGCUCAAUGGUCAUAUACCAGAAAGCUUUGGCCUUUUGGGUAGCUUGGUGAAGCUAAACUUGACCAAGAAUGAGCUGGAUGGAUCGGUUCCAUCUUCUCUUGGGAACUUAAAAGAGCUGACACACAUGGACUUGAGUUUUAACAAGCUAAGCGGCGAGCUUCCAUCAGAACUGUCUCAAAUGCUCAACCUUGUAGGACUUUACAUUCAACAGAACAUGUUCUCAGGUCCUAUUGAAGAUCUGUUGUGCAGCUCAUUGGCGUGGAAAGUUGAAACAGUGAACUUCAGUGAUAACUUCUUCAUGGGUAGCUUGCCAAGAUCAUUGGGGAAUCUGUCAUACUUGACUAACUUGGAUUUGCACAGGAAUCACUUCACCGGAGAAAUCCCUUCAGAUCUUGGUAAUCUCAUGCAGCUUGAGUACCUUGAUGUUUCUGAGAACAGCUUGUCUGGAGAUAUACCAACAAAAAUCUGUGAAUUGGCCAAUCUGGAGUUUUUGAAUGUAGCCAAGAACAGUCUGCAAGGGGUUGUACCAAGCGAAGGUGUAUGCCAGGAUCCUUCGAAGGCAUUGUUUUCUGGGAACAAAGCGUUGUGUGGAAGAGUGAUUGGGUCAGAUUGCAAGAUUGACAGAAAGAGUUUGUUGAGUGCUUGGGGGCUUGCAGGAGUUGUGAUUGGGAGUAUGAUCAUCAUAUUUGCCUCUGUUUUCUCUGUGCGCAGAUGGGUUAUGGGAAAGAGAGUGAAGCAGAGAAAUGAUCCAGAGGGAAUGGAGGAAAGCAGAUUAAAAGGAUUCAUUGAUCAGAAUCUCUAUUUCUUAAGUGGUAGCAGAUCAAAGGAGCCAUUAAGCAUCAAUGUGGCUAUGUUCGAGCAACCACUUCUCAAGGUGAGUUUGGCAGACAUUGUGGAGGCAACUGAUCACUUCUGUAAGAAGAACAUCAUAGGAGACGGUGGGUUUGGGACGGUUUACAAAGCUUGUUUACCUGGUGGGAAAACAGUAGCGGUUAAGAAGCUAAGCGAAGCCAAAACACAGGGAAAUCGUGAAUUCAUGGCAGAAAUGGAGACUCUAGGGAAAGUGAAGCAUCGGAACCUGGUGUCAUUGCUUGGAUAUUGCUCUUUCAGUGAAGAGAAGCUUCUUGUGUAUGAGUACAUGGUGAAUGGAAGCUUAGACCAUUGGUUGAGGAAUCAAACCGGGAUUCUAGAGGUACUAGACUGGUCCAAACGCCUCAAGAUCGCGGUUGGAGCUGCAAGAGGACUAGCUUUCCUGCAUCACGGUUUCAACCCACACAUCAUACACAGAGACAUCAAAGCAAGCAACAUUCUUUUAGACAGUGACUUUGAGCCAAAGGUUUCGGAUUUCGGGUUAGCCAGGCUGAUCAGUGCCUGUGAGACUCAUGUGAGUACAGUCAUUGCAGGGACAUUCGGGUAUAUUCCACCAGAGUAUGGUCAGAGCGCAAGAGCCACGACUAAUGGAGAUGUGUACAGCUUUGGAGUGAUCUUGUUGGAGCUGGUGACGGGGAAAGAGCCGACCGGUCCAGACUUUAAAGAGAGUGAAGGAGGGAACUUGGUUGGUUGGGUGAUUCAGAAGAUCAACAAAGGAAAAGCUGCGGAUGUUCUUGACCCUCUGGUUCUAUCGAUUGCUUUGAAACACUCAAUGCUUCGUAUGCUUCAGAUUGCUGUGCAAUGUAUUGCUGAAACGCCGGCUAAUCGACCAACCAUGGUCGAUGUCUUGAAGGCUCUCAAGGAGAUAUAAGCUAAAAGCCUGAAACCCUUAGGCUAGCUAUGUUGUUUGAUGUGUCUUAAGUAACAGCUAACAAAAAAAAGGGAGUGUAGGGUUUGUAAUGCUAAUGUUGGUGUAACUUUGUUCUUAAGUUAUUAAAUCUUGAAAAGACAAAAAUAGGU